AUGCCACAGUUGAUAGCUCUACUCCGAAGUACGUCAGAGGGAGACGAGAUCUUUUCUCGAAACUUUGCUUCAGAACAGGGAAAAGACAUAACUCAAGGUCUUCUCCUACUUGCCGGCCCCGACCGGACUGGACUCGUCAAUCUCACUACAUUGGACAUCAGCAUCGAAAAAAUGAGUGAACUGACUUCUAAUUGUUCAAUGCCUAGAAAACGCAUUCUUCGCUUAUCUGUUGUUGUAAAGAAUGCCAGACCGCUGGUCACGGAGAGCCUAAAAUCUAAAUUAAAAGUGGAAGAAGUUGCCAUCCGAAUUUUUGUAUCGUUAUCACCAAAUGAAGUUCUACUGUUGUUGCAGAGCUUUGACAACGUACGCAACAUGUCCUUAGACGACUCAUUUCACCGUCGAUGCAGGUUGCCCACCCCGCGCAUAACGCACGAACUUCAUUCUACCUGGAUUCCAGCAUGGACUUACAUUCAGAUUCACUAUGCAUCUGAAGUGCUUGAUUUGAUCCUGCGCGAAAGGACAUCUGCCACGCAACUCCCAGUGUUGACCUUACUGACAGAUCCAGGUCAAUUUUUGCCAAAGCGGUACCUUACCAGCUCUUCCAAUUUACCCAGAAUUUUGAAAUUUCGUGUGCUUAAGAAACCACGAUUGCGCAUGUCGCAAUGUUGCAGAGUCUGCGUUAAUGCUGAGGAGAGAUGCUACAUGCCUCGAUUGCAUUGUCAGCCUAAUGACAUUACACAGGACGGGGAAGGGGCAGUGAACUUUGUUGCCUGUUCUCGGAUGUCUGUCGAAGAUAACUGCGUCCUUCAUCCACUCAACGUGCAUGAUCCAUACAUCCUAUUAAAGAUUGGGAACGGUAAAUAUCCCAGCAUUAAGACCCCGAAUGCAUUCUUUGCAGUCAGAACUGAACUGCGUUGGUUGGUUGUAGUCUUCAACAAUCAUGGCGGAGCACUCUUGUGCCACGCAAACAAGGACAGUCAUACAGGCCUAGAAAUUUUCAACGUUCCCACCUUCCACCUCGGAAAUAUGAUACACACCUACCCGGAACUCUAUGAUAUAUUUUGGAGUGAAUUGCUGAGUAAGCGAAAGCGUUCUAUACUCAAGGCUGAAUUUUGGCAAGGAGCGGAAUGGAAAUAUCACCUGCGAUGCUCAUCAUAA